GAGGUCAAGUCAAGUCAACUAAAUCUGAGCCUCGAAAAUCGAGACUGAAACUGGCUUCUCUCGAGAAAGAGAACAAACGCGCUUUUGUUCACUCACUCACUCACAGAGAAAUGAAUUCCCAUUGCUUCUUACGUUUCUCUUUAUCAUGUUUUUUUCUCUUCGCUUUCGCCCCAUGUUGUUUUUCACACCCUUCUCUCCUUGGCGUACACCCCCUAGAUGAGAAAUAUUAUAGCUCUGAGGUGAUCAAGUGCAAGGAUGGAUCAAAAUCCUUCACCAGAGACCGUCUUAAUGACAAUUUCUGUGACUGCCCCGAUGGCACUGAUGAACCUGGGACUUCAGCUUGCCCUUCCGCAAAGUUUUAUUGCAGAAACCUUGGUAGCAAGCCACAGUUUAUAGUUUCUUCUCAUGUUAAUGAUCACUUUUGUGAUUGUUGUGACGGAAGUGAUGAACAUGAUGGAAUCAUUUGUUGCCCAAACACAUGUGUCAUGGGUGGAAAUGCAGAGUCGAAAAUUAGCUUUUGCAAGUCAAAUAAAAAAGUGAAGUCGGACGAAUCAGUUCAUAACGUUACUGGUUUGAAGUUGGUGUUUAUUCUACAAAUGGUUCUGGUUAUCUUUCUGGUAUUUCUCUGGAGUUUCCGAUGCCGCACCAGAUCAAGAAAGAAACUUCACCAUUGAAUUGAAAGAGACCUUGCUGUUUACCUGACAUUAUACAGAUUCCUCAAACCCAAGUUUCUCCUCUCAUGUGCUUGGUUGGAAGAUUGAAGCAGCAAUGCCUGUCUCAGACAUUUUUGUGUGCAAUAUUUUACUUGAGGUGCAAUCAAAUGGACUUGUAAUUUAUCUAAUCUACUACCAAGUCAUUGGGAGUUGGUGGAUGCAGUUUGCAAAUUCAGUUCUUUCUAGGUCACAGAAUUCAAUGAAGCAAAAUGGUGAAAUAUGGAUCCACUAUAGAACAAGGGUUGCUGAUGAAAUUGUUGGCAGCACCAUAAUCAAAUAGGAAUAGAGAAAGUUGUUGAGGUUAUUAUUGAUUUUUGGGGUACAAUUUUGGCUGUUAGAUUUGAAGAUUAUAUUAUGUAGUGAUUGAAUAGAUGGUAGUGCAAAAACUAUCAUGCACUAUUUGUUUCACAUAGCCACAUAUAGAAAAGAGCAUACGUCACAUUGGUUA